GUACCUGUCGCCAGUACUUUCGUACCAGAAAUUCGUUUAAAUUUAGCUAUAGUACUGUACAAUUAGUAAUACGUUUUUGGCAAUCAUUUUCUUGCCGACUGGCAUGCCAUAAACUAUGUCUACUUUAUCCAUUUCACCGACCGUGUUUUUGCUCUUUAUCUUAAUACUAGUAGUUGGAUUGCCAAAGGUAGCACCAGCAACAUACAAUACUUGCAGGGGUGGCUUUCUGAGCGUACCUCGCUACUGCACAAACUUCUGGUUCACCGAAUGCUGCCGGUCAGGAUACUACUCUAGCGCGACAUGCUGUUUGUGGUCUUAUACUAGCUGCUAUGACGGGUAUAACUCAAACGUGGAGUGUACAAAAAUGACAGAUUCCAAAUGUUGCAGAUGGAGCACAGGUGGCUCUUCCUCUUGCUGUAACUCUUACUGGUACUCGUACACCAGCAGUUCAAGCAGGGCAGGCAGAAGCAACUCAGUAAUUGCGGCUGUAACUGGUGGUACUAUUGGCUUUAUCGUUAUCCUCGUUUUGUGUAUUGUGAUACCAAUGGUAGCGUGCGGCGCAUGCGCAGCAAAAAAACCCACUAGGACCACUACAACUAUGGUUAUGCGAAUCCAGGCAAGCCGCGCCAACAACCAGGUCCAUCCCGGAUACGGAAACCCACCGGUGUAUGACGUGCAGCCACCAUCAUACAGCCAGCAAGGGCCAACUGCUGGAAAUCAGAUGUACCCUCAACCAGGCGGCAUCCCACCUCCGGAAAAAUGUGGUGCUGUGUACCCCCCAGUUGAUUAAUUUCAUUAACUAUCGACAUUCUCCCCUAUUUUUGGCCCUCUUAGUGAUGAUGCAAAAUUUAUAUUCAUGGCCGAGUUUGUAGCUCUCCAUUUCUCAAACUAUUGAAGCCAUUAAUAUUUUUACAUUCAGUGUGAAACUUCUGAGGCGAUACGUUUCAGAACUCCUUCUAAAAGACUGGUAUGUAAGGAUUACAUCUUCCUUCAUUAGUCGUGUGUGUUUUAUGACUGACAUUAUUUGGAAAUUAGCCAUUUGUCGAUACGUAAUGAUUGCCAUUUCCCCUCUACGAAUGUAUAUUGAACUGUAGAGACUUCCGCAAUACAGGAAGCGUGACUUCCAACGUGGGUACGCCACGCUCAUUUUGCGCAAGAUUAACACAUCCGGGACCUUUGAUGACUUCCGACAGAGGUUAAUGCAAAUUGCAUUGCAAUGAAGAAACGAUUUAUCAAACAGUGACAAGCGUUGGAAAUCCGCUGGCAAGCGCGCAGCUGGCCCUUCUCAUGCUGGUGCAAGUGAUUCUCAAGGUCUCAUCAGGCUGUGGACCAUUGCCAGGACAAGUACCGUAUUGGACCAGCAUUGGACGUACAUCGCAUGGCCAGUCGAAAUCCCGACUACAUUGAUUCCAGAUGAGAAAUUCUCCGGGUCCUACUUAACAUUCAAUGCACGUAAAAAGGCCUCGAAUUAAAGGUUAUCUCAAGACUUCUUUUAUUCUCCGUUUGAUCGAUGAUGACCUAACCUUAAACAUCAUGUACUCUCUCUAAAUAAUGAAAGAGUCAGCCCAUGUCGAAAACCCCGAUGAAACUCAUAUUCAUUCUUAUUUAGAUUGGUUUACACAGGUACUUGAAUGUACAUGCGGUGUAAAUUCCAAAAAAGUAUAGAAACAUUGUACAUUCUAAGUUUUCUGUAAGACUGUGGAUUUGCAUUAUGAAAUUAGGUUUACUAUAAAAAUCGAAUCAGGA